AUGGGUCGCAAAGCUGCCGACAAGAAGACCCGCGGCGGCGGAAGCAAGCCUGCCCCGAAGGACGACAAGAAGAAAAGCAACAAAGGGUCCUUCGUGCCGAAGUACGCCUACUUUGGGAAAGAGCGACUGGCGGCCUAUCCCAACGAGGACGGCGUCUGUGUCUACGUGGGCAAGGGCCAAGAUGAAAAGGCCUUCUUCACCCUUGAGAACAUCUGCGCGUGCCGGUCCAGCAAGAACGAAGAGCUAUGCCACCGCAUCGGCAUGGGGCUCGCUUUGGAUGCAGCCAGCCUCCACAAUGGAACCAAGGUGCUCCACAAACACUUUGGGGAGGCAAUCCCAGAAGAUCUCCAGCAGCAGUUCCACAAGACCGGGCUGCCCAAGAUCUUGGAGGCAUUGGCAUCAGAUGCCGGCCAACGCUUCGUCCAGAGCAUUGAAGUGCUGGAUGUGGGCAAAACCGGCCAGCCGCGAGAGAAGGCCAUCAAGAAGGCAAUCAAAGGCUUCGUCGAGUUCCUCCAAGACGACGACGGAACCUUGCGCCGCAACUUGGCGCGCCUUGCUUCCGAUGCAGCGGCCUUGUACCUCUUUGCCAUGACCCUGCUGAAGGACAUGGCUCUGGUGUCCAGCCCGAAGGAAUGGGCGGCGAAGGUCGAAGGCAAGCAGUCCGAUGAAGUGAAAGCGUGGCUCCGCAAGCCCAAGGACGACGCCAAGCUCUUGGCCGCCCUGGUGCACGAGCUGCUGGCCAAAGUGGAGAAGAAUGAGCCAGCAGCUGGAAAGAAGCGGAAGGCAUCAGACACCUCCUCCAUGGCGAAAGGGAGUUCAGAGGCUGCCGACACCGGCUCCGGGUCGGGGGAUGGAAGUGGGGCCUCCAAGGCAGCAUCCGAGGAGUCCAGCAGCCCGGCGCCUGCUGCGGUACGCAACUCCUCCAGCAAGUCGUCGAGAAGUAGCUCGCCCCAGCCGCCCAAGAAGAAGAAGACGAAAACGAGCGACAAGAAGGAUAAGAAGGAUGCCAAGAAAGAUCCCACGAAGGAUGCCAAGAAGGAUGCCAAGAAGGAGACGAACGAAAAAAAGGACAAGACGGAGGAGAAGAACAAGAAGGACGAGAAGGAGGACGCCAAGGACAAAAAGGACAAGGAGACCGAGAAGCCGGGCAGGAACGAGAAAGACAAAAAAGCCAAGAAGGAGAAGGAGCUGAAAGCGGAGAAGGACCGCAAGAAGAAAGAGGAGCAGCGCGCAGCGGAGGCAGCCACAGCAGCGGCAGAGGCAGAGGAGGAAGCCCGCACAGCAGCUUUCACCGCCUGGUCCGCCUCGUCGGUGCAGGAAGCAGCAGAACAGCUGGAGGAAGCGAAGGCAAGCAUUGGCUUGCUGUCAGGCCGCUUCAAGAAGGAGACCAUGGUCAACCUGACCAGCCUGGUGCCGACUGCGGUGCUGACCCAAUUUCCUGAGGUGUGCGUUGCAACUGCAGAGCUGGCCGAAGUUGGCGGUGAAUGGGUUUCCAACAAGGAAGCAAAGCCCGCCAUCGUCAUGCUGACGGAGGUGGCCAACACCGUGGCAGCCUUCUGGGCAGAGCACGCCGAAGCCCCAGCGGCCUCCAGUAAGCCAGGUGAAAGAGUUGAGGUUGCAGAAGAGAACGAGUCUGAGGAGGCGAAGGAAGAAGAAAAGGAAGCACCGAAGUGUGGGCGUCGCAAUCUGAGCCUACAGCGCGCCAAGUCUGCGAAGUGA